AUGUCUGCGGAGGUCGAAUCUGCCCCCCUUCACGGGGAUGUCCAAGGUGAAGAUUCGCCCAACGGCCUAAACGGAGACAACGUGUCAGAGGAUGACGGAGAUCUCUUCGGCGACGAUGACGAUGAGGAGCAGGACCGAGGCCACAGCGACUCACAUCGAAGACUCGAUGACUCCGACCUUGACUCCGGCGACGAUGACGGCCGAACAGACCGGGUCGCGGCCACCGUGGAGGAUCAUGAAGAAAUGUAUGAAGAGCAGAAACAAUUGAAGCUCCUAGACGUGGACAUGGUUAGAAUUAAGCCCCCCGGGGGAGAAGAGCUCCACCUGCUCAACAUGCCACCCUUCCUGGGCAUCAAACACCGCAACUUUGUCCCUGCAACCUACGAACCUCCCAAACAACCCCACGACGGGCGCGAUCCAGAAGUCGAUCCGACGGCCAAAUUUUCCCCAUUCUCCACUGCAGCAAGCACGAUUUUCUGGCGUCGCGACCCCAAGACCCCGGACCUCUUACAAUCAAACUCGCGCAUCGUUCGCUGGUCCGAUGGAAGCCUGACACUACAGAUUGCUUCGUCGCCAAAGGACCAUUACCGUAUCUCUACCACGGCUUUGAGACAGGGCUGGCCUAAGAAGCCAGGUUCGUCUCAGGCGGAUUACGACGCGAACAAGGACUCGCACAACUACCUGGCUGCGCCGCAUGCGACGGCUGGAGUGGACCUACAGAUAAUAGCCCCCUUCGAUGCCUCGAUGAAGAUCCAACCAACGGGCGACCUGGCGGACGAAUCGGUAUUGAAAUUGCAACAAUCGCUCGCCGCGGCAACGCAGAUGCACGACCCGCUGUCCAGCCUCCGACAAGUCAAAGAAGACCCGGAGCUUGCCAAGAAAGCGGCCGAGAUGUUCGAGAAGGAGCGGACACGGGCAAGCCGCAAACGCGAGGCCGCCGAGGACCGGCUGCUGAUGCGGAAGGACCGCGUGCUAGGUCGCGCGGGACUUGGCCGUCUUGGCGGAGCAGGACUCAGCGUGGCUGGACUAGAAGACGACGAUGGCAUGCCUCUAGCACGUGGGAAGAAGAGCAGCAACGCCCGCCGCCGCCGAGGAAACCGGCGCGGCGACAUCUACUCGGACGACGAGGACGAGGACACGCCGCGCGGCCGGGGGCGUGAAGACGAGUACGAUCGCGAAGACGACUUCUUGGCCGCCAGCGACGAAGAGCCCGAGAUCUACGAGGACGGAAAUGAGGAGGAGGCCGAGGCCGAGGAGGACGACGACCCGGACGUGGAUGACUUGGAGAUUGAAGGGCGUGAGACGGUGAUUGAAAACCGCACACGUGGCGGAAACGAGCGUGACGGUCGAGAAACCCUGAAGGACCGCGACCGGCCGAGAGAGAGAGGAUCUACGCCGAAACGCGCUGCCAGCGAUGACGGAGGCGUCGAUGAUGCCGAGCCCGUCGCCGCGGGCUCGCCGCAAGCUCGGAAGAAGAGGCGGGUCAUUGAUGAUGACGAGGAUGAGGAGUGA